AUGAAUGAUAGUAAGCUUGAGUCGAUGGCUGACCUGCGGAAUGGUAUCCAAGGCAGGGAGAUGCAGCGUCAAGUCAGCUCACUUGACAAGGAGAAGGCCACCUACCAGAGACAGAUGAAUAACGCCAUACAGAAGGCAACACAGAAAUUCAAGCGACGGUUGGGCACCCUGAUGUCGAGCCAGAAGAGGACACGCUCUAAACAUGCCAGGACGGAGGAGAGGACAAAGGAGGAGAAAGAUGACGGCGAAGAUACAAAGAGAGAUAACAUAGAAACCGACAAGACCAGGACUGAACCCAUCCCCCAAUCAAAACGUGAGACCAGGGCCAAUCCAUUCUUCUCGCUGCCUGUAUUACUAACCAAACCAAAAACUCAGAUGUUACUCCGCCGCCGCCGCGCAACAACCUCAGCCGUGCCUGGUCAGCACGACAGCGAACGGCGACUACCGACCCUGGAGCUACAGGGCCACCGUAACCAGCAUCUUCCCAGGCGCGAGUACGGGCCAUACGAGGGACUCGCCUGUCUCACUGUUGUCCAUCCUAUCACCCACAUGGUGCUACAAAACAGCCAAGUUCACCAGACCAAAGUGUCCGAACUGGAUGCAGCAAAGCGGCUGUUCUCUUCGAAGACUACUCGGCAGGUUACUGAGGCUUCAGAACAUAAUAAGAAGGCGGCUAUUCUAGCGGUCCUUGAGGACAAAUCGUCCAUUUCUUUAUCAAAUGACACAAUCGGCGCACCACUCGCAGACCCGUCCAGUACGUCGAGCAGAUCGUGGGCCAAGAGACGUCUCACCAUGGGACACAUCGUGCAGCGAUCAGAUAUCGCGUAUAAAGAUCAGUCAGUUGGCCCUCGUCAGGAAUUCUUGGUGAAUUCGCAAUGA